AUGACUCAGGCACCUGCAGAUUACCUGACCACCUCCAGCCCCUACAACUAUGAGCAGCCCCUUCCUGUCGUGGCUCGGACAAAUUCCAUCACACGGGUUCCUCCAACCAAGAAAAUAACCUUCUUCAAGAGUGGAGACCCUCAGUUCGGGGGAGUCAAGAUGGCCAUUAACCCACGCAGCUUCAAGAGCUUCAAUGCCCUUAUGGAUGACCUCUCCCACAGGGUCCCUCUGCCGUUCGGGGUGAGGACCAUCACCACUCCACGAGGGAUACACUGCAUCAGCGCACUGGACCAGCUGGAGGACGGAGGGUGCUACCUCUGCUCUGACAAGAAAUACGUCAAGCCCUUUAGCAUCGGCACGGGCCGGAGGGUAGGCCCUCAGUGGAAUGGCCGCCCGGCAAGUGCCCUGAGGAGAGGAGGCCAGGAGGGCAGGCAUGAAGACCAUUCCAGGCCUUUCUCCCAGCAAGGCCCCAAAAUACUCAAGAAAAUCACUCUGGUUAAAAACGGGGACAUUGGUGUCCGGCGCUCGAUUAUCCUGAAUCACAGGAACGCCCGGAGCUUCAAAACUCUCCUGGAUGAGAUUUCCGAGCUCUUGCAGUUCACAGUGAAGAAGCUCUACACAGUUGAUGGGAAGAAGAUCGACAGCAUGCAGGCUCUGCUCCACUGCCCAAGCGUGCUGGUGUGCGUAGGCCGGGAGCCGUUUAAACCACUAGUCAUUGAGAAUUCGCGGAAGCGCUCUGCCGAGAAGCUCCCUGGCCUGGCUUCCCAAUCCAGUGGCAACAACGUCAGUGAAAACAACGGAAGUAAGAAAGACGUGAACUUUGGACUGAAAGCCAAAAAAAGCGUCAUCCACCCAAGAUCGGCUUCAAGCAACAGGUCAAUGAGAUUUUCCUUAUCGUCAGAAAAGUCCUACGCAAAUGGUCUCAACACAUCACCGGAGAACGGUGCUCCUUUCCCAAACAACUGUCCACAUGGAAAAGCUGGAGACCUGGUCCACUCCUUAGUCAACGAUGACAUUGAAAAACGAGUGCACGUGAACAAGGAUGGCAGCCUGUCUGUUGAGAUGAAAGUCCGCUUUCGUUUACUGAACGACGAGACUCUUCAGUGGUCCACACAGAUCAAGAAGUCCAAUUUGAUGAGUAAGACGCCCUGUGAAGAGUCAGGGGUAGAGGAAGACAAUGGAGUGGACCCCAUGCAGAAAAUGAACCUAGAAGUCAGCUCAGAGGCGGAAGAUUCAUUAUAUCCCUGCGAUGCUGAUUCCUACAUCUCAAAAUUCGAUGAGUCAGAAUCUGAGGAAACUAAUUGCCACAGCUGUGGCAAGCAGCACCAGGACUAUGACAUCUGGAAGAAUCCCAUGCAUACUUCCCAGAAAGAGGAGCCUGAUAUAAGAAAAACUUGGCACACACGGUCUUCAUGCUCCAGCACGUCUUCCCAUAGGAGGGUAGUCCGCAAAAAGAUGACCUCCGUGGAAAGCAUCCACACCACAUCCAGUGAAGAAUAUUCUGAGCACGUUGUGCAGGAGUCUUCAUGCUAUUCAGAGACUAUAGAAAACAGGGUGGAGUACUGUAACAUUAAAAAGUGUAACUAUCGAAGUGCUUUGUCUACAGCUGCCUCCAAUGGAGAAGAGUCACAGGAAUACACCCGAAUGAACACUAGCAGUAGCCGAAAAGCAUCAUCAUUAGGGCCAGUCUCACAUUCAAGUUGUGAAAACAACCUGGAUACUGAAGAAGCUGUUGAGGAAGCCGAGGUCAGUAAGACCGAUUCACAGAACGAGGAUGAAAACUGCAUGGAAGUUUCUUCAGUGACGUGUUCAAAGGAGGAAACGGAUGAAAUUGAAGGCAGCCGGGUUGGAAGUAGCUUGUCCAGGUCAUCUCUGCGCUCCAGACAAAGUAAGAAGAGUAUGUGUGAGGAAACCAGUAGUAUGGCAAGGACCAUGUCACCCUGCAGUUUGAAAAAGGGAGAAGAAGAAGAUCUUGCUGCGUGCUCAAGUUCUGCCCAUAGUGUCUACAGUAGCUCUAGCAAGUACAGUGUGCCAAGAGCAAAGAGCGACCAGGACAAACAUUCUGACAAUGAUCCAGUGAUCUCUUCCUUUUCCAGUGAGUCCUGCCCUAAGGAAGAUGCUGAAGAGAAGGAAGCAAAACAAGAAGACAAAGAAGUCGGUUCAGUAUCAGCACAAAUGGUGCCCAGUGACUCGCUCAAAGAUGACUUCAGUGAAUGUGAAAGAUGUUCUACCGAAGGAUCUUCCCAUUCCAAAGCUUGUGAUGGGAAUAGCAGGAGGAGUGACAGUGAUGAAAUACUUGUGUGCAAUGCCUCCUGUUCUUCCAGAACAUCAAAGAGAAGCAAGCACAGUAAGAUUCAUCUGGAUGCACGUUCUGAAAUGUCCAUGUCAUCACUUGGAUCAACUUCUAAGAAAAAGAAGAAAAAUUCUCUCCAUGCAGAAGUUUCAAGAUCAAACAGCAAGGCAUCUAACUACUCCAAAAGUUCUUGUGAAAUCAACAAAAAUUCUCUUGGAAACCACGCGUCUCAUUCAGACUCUCUUCCUUCAAGCACAUCAUCUAUGAAUGAAGCAGCUGCACCUCCUAUUAAUAACGAGGACCAAAGCACAAGCAGCACCUCUAAGUGCUACAGUAAGUCUUCAAAAGGCACCAGACAGGGAAGCCAAUCCGAAGAGAGGGGUAAGAUGUCAUCCCCUUCCUCAAGUUUGUCAAAUUCUAAUAGAAAUGAUGGAGAGGGAAAUGCCAAAGUUAGUUCCGAGACCUCAAGCUCAAGACACGGAAGCAUGUCAGAGUCUUUAUGCUCAAAAUACGAUCAGACCACUGAGGCUGGGAAUGGAUAUCCCUCAAGUUCAAGAGUCUCUUCUUACUCAGACAUCCAGGGCCAAUGUGCAGAGACAGAGAUGUUCAGAACAAGCAAUGAUGGCUGUUCACAAUCCAGUGUGACACGAUCAUCCAAACCCAGAAGGAAAAAAAUGAAGAAUCUUCAUGCUGAGGUGGAAAAUUCUAGCAGAGCAUCGGGAUCAGAGGUUGCCUCGAUGUACAGUUUGCACUGCCCAGCCCCACCAAAAGGAAAGCCAAGCAGCAAAAAAAUACGAUCGGCUGUAUUUAAGAAUUCCUCCAGCACCAGCGCAUGCACUGAGUCAAUGCUGACUGAGGACAAAGAGCAGAAAGAAGUAGUCGAUUCUUCCAGACCAACUUCUUCGGGGUCUAAAUCAGCAGAAACUAAUACAAUGAAAGCAGCAGAAAAUAACUCAGAUGACAAGCAAAAAAAGGAUGGUGGUUCUUGCAAAGAGAAAAUGAAAGAGAAAUUAAUUGAGGCCAGUGCACCAGAGGAAGAUGAUCGUGAUUUGGCACCUUCUGCCCUGCCAAAUACAUCUCCAGAAGAAGUUGUCCAGGAGUGGCUAAGCAAAAUUCCUCAAGAGACAUUGCUUAUGAAAUAUGAAAUGGAGGAUGAUGGGGAAGAGGAAUGUGCAGAGACAACCACCGAAAUAUCAAACUGUGCAAAUAAUCAAGAAAUCUCAGAAGAGGAAACCGCUGAGAAAGAGGAUGCAAGGGAAGGUGAAAAUGGUGUAGAGGAGGAAAUGAAAAAAGAGGCAGCUGAAGCCAGUGCUGUUAAUGAGGGGGCAGAAGAAUGCCCCAAAGAGGAGAAGACUUCUGGGGUGACGUCAGAAGAAGCUGAAACCAAUCAAGCAGAAUGCAGCCAUUCCAUUGAGACCUCAAGCCAAAAUAAUAACAAAAAGGACUUGCCAAGCACUAUCCAGACUUCAGUGCAGAUAAUGAAGGCAUUGCUCAGUUCAAAACAAGAAGCAAAAUUUGACCGCUCAAACAGUUUGCCUGAAGUGUCCCCCACCAUGGGGAGGAAGCUCAGUAACUCUGCCAAUAUUCUGAUCACUUGUCUUGCCAGUCUACAGCUCCUUGACGAAGAGCCAUUAGGUCCAUCGGAUAAGCCAAAAUGCUUGAAUAAACCUAGAUAUACAGAACUGCUGAACAUUUUUCAGGCCCUGUGGUUUGGAUGCACAGUGGAAAAAGGCGGUCCGAGUUCAGGCCAACCAGGAAGUGACCAGACAAAGAUGAGCUCAGGCUUUAAAGACCAGAACUCAACAUACAAAGACUUCACUCCAAUGUCAUCUUCCGGGGUUGAUGUCAGUAGCGGUUCUGGUGACUCAGGAGAGGGAAGUGUGGCCAGUGCCAGAGAUUGCACCUUAUUGCCCCAGAAGAAAGUUAAGUCCAAAUCAGCUGAAGAGGGGGCAAGUUUAGAGAAUGAACCUAAACUGAGUGAGACCGAGGAACAGGGUAAAGAAGGAGAAGAGUGUUCUCGGCCUUCAACAUCCUGCUCAAAGUCCAAAGAGGAAGCAGAAGCAGAGUCUACCGGAGCGGACUCUCCAGAGGAGAGAGCUGAAGCAGACCCCAAUGAAGAUGAUCAGGGUAGUAACUGUGAAAAUGGCGAAGGGGGCGAAAAUGAAGUGGAAGAAAACAGCAAAUUAGAUGAAAAUGAGGGAGAAGCGGACGCUGAAGCUGGAGAUGAAAUCCCUCCAGAAGCGAAUACUGAUGAGGCAACUGAGCAACCAAGCAACACUGCUGCAAUUGAUGCAAAUGCUGAUGAUGCUGAUGGUGAGAAAGAAGCUGAAUCCAAUUUGGAAGAGGAGGUAGGGGAGGGUUCUCCCCGUGAUCAGGAAGCCAAUGUCAAGGAAAUCCCAGAAACCAGUGUGAAAACAUACUCCAUCGCCCCGCAAAAAUCAGUUGACCCCAACCCAGUCUGGGUGCUGAGGCUACUAAAGAAAAUCGAGAAGGAGUUCAUGACUCACUAUAUCAGUGCCAUGAAUGAGUUCAAGAUCAGGUGGAACUUAGAGAACAAUGAACUGCUGGAUAAAAUGAUAUCGGAGCUGAAGGACGAAGUGAGUAAAAGAAUACAAAAGAGCAUAGAAAAGGAGCUAAGGAAGAUCAAAAGCAGAGCAGGGCAGAGGACUCCAAGGCCUCCAGAUGAAACACUCAGGCGUGAGUCAACAAUCCAGACAGAGCAGAGAAGACAACGGCUGCAGACCAUGCGUAAUAGGUCUCUCUUUAAUGACCGGAAUAUGACCCAGAGUAAGCAACCGGGAACGACAGACUUAUCAUUUGACAUUGACGAGGAGGAUUUUGGUUUCAGUUCAGCUCUUGCCGAUGAUGUUAGUGAACAACCAAGUGAAGAAGAAUACUGCCCCUGUGAUACCUGCAUAAGGAAGAAAAUGGCGUCUAAGCCUAUAAGAAACCCGAUGGUGGCAGCCAAUGCCCCAGUCAUGAAGGCAUUUGACUUAAAGCAAAUCCUGAGGGGAAAUGGAACUGAAAACAAGAUGGUGGACCAUGCCUCAGAAGCAGUUCAGGACAGAGAGGUGAUUCCCAGUGAGCACAUGCAAGAGGCAGAAGAGGAGACCAACCCAAAUGAGGAGGACGGUGAAUAUGAACCUGACCACCCUGAGCAGGAACCGGAUGCGGAUGACGAGAAAGAGCCAGAACAACAUGAAACCGAUGAGCAAGGAGAACAGGAAGUGAAUGAAGAUGAAACAGCAGCUCCUGCUGAGGGAGAUGAAAUUUCAGAUAAUCAAAACUGUGAGGUGGUGAUGGAGGAGGAGGAAGAAGAAGAGGAAGUGAAACAGGAAGAGAGGGAUGAGGAAGAGGGGAAUGCAGAAGAGGAAGUGAAAGAGGGGAAUGAGGAAGAGGAAGUGAAACAGGAAGAGGGGAAUGGCGAAGUGGAAGAGGAGGAGAAAGAAGAAGAAGAAACACAAAAUGAAGAUCAGGAAAGUGAGGAAGAACCCAAAGCUGAAGAGGAGGCUGAGGGUGGAGUGGAGGAGGCCGCGGGCAAGGUCGAUGGGGACGAUAACGAAGAGAAUGCAUCUGAAUGUGAAGAGAAUGCUGAAGUCUCUGAUGCUGUUGAGGACUCAGAAGAAGCAGCCACAGGCAGAAACGAAGAAGAUGAACGAGAGCCCCAGGCCGAUGCUGGGGAUGAGGCUGUGGAAGAAGCAAGCCCAGAGGUGGAAUGCGAGGCAUGUUCAGAAGCACCACCAGCCGAGGAGGAAAAUGAAAGUGAAGGAGAUACUGAGUGUGCACAGAACGGUGAUGAGGCAGCAGAAGCAGCCGGUGACGAACCUAAGCAAGAUAACGAUGAAGACAGAGAUGCAAGGCACAGCGAGGUUCCUGAGGUGGCCUCUGAUGCGACAGGAGACCGAGACUGCAGCAAAGAGCCAGAGACUCUGACCAAAGCAGCCGCCUUCUCCUGUAACUCCUCCAUGGGAAACUGUUCGCAGCAAUCCCAGAAAGGGUCAGAGGAUGGAAGCGAAGGAGAGUGCAGAGAUGAUGGGAAUCUGAACGAGGACCCUGACAGGGAGGCUAACAGCGAUGGAGGCAGCAAACCUGCAAAGAUGUAUCCUGACAGCGAGGAGGACGAUGAGGAGGAGGAGGACAGACCAUCCUCCUGCACCAGUCCUGUAGAUGGUGAGAAGAAUGGUGCUGAUGACGCUGACCCCCAAAACAAUGAAAACUCCAAUAAUGGCCAGGAGACUAAAAAGAAGGCAGAAAAUGGCGAUGAGAUUGACCAAGACGACUUGGACUUUUAG